UCUCACUCAGCUGUCAGUCACAGAGGCUCAGAUCACAGGUGACAUUUGACUAUGUCACAUCACAAUUUAUAAUAGAGGAUAGAAGAGUUCGCUCUCUUGGACCACGCGCGCGAUCGGAUCAUCGGUUCUUCGCAUUCUUUCUUCGGUGGUUGGAACUUGUCGUUGUUAAUUGUGUUGUGACCGGCCUGGAGAGAUUUCAUCAUUCAAUUUACGGUCGAGAUCGGCCGUACGCGUGUUUGUUUUUGCCGGACGAUACAGUGAUUUUUUUUUCUUGGGCGAUACACUCCCUCCGUUACACUUCGUUGGUGUCGGUCCUCGUGGAAACACAUGAGCUCGCACCCUCUUGGUUCGAAUGGUGCGCAUUCAAGUGUACAGUGAAGUGAUGGUUAUGAAUGACAAAAGCUCAAGUGACAAUUGAUAAGAGUUAAUAAAUUUUUGGGGAGAAUUAUUUAAGUGAAUUCAGAAAAAAGAUUUGAGUGUGAAACUAUUUGAACAAACCCCAAGUGAAUAGAAGUGCUUUUCUAAGAGAAAACAGUUGGAAGACCAGCCAGCAUGGCAUUGGAAGACCGUUGCAGUCCACAGAGUGCACCCAGUCCGCCACACCACCAUCACCACAGCCAAAGUCCAGUAAACUCCGCCACCGCAACGAUGAUGAGUCCGAGCACAACGGGGCCUACGCGAGUUGCACCUACUGCCGAUGAGAUGUCGCCACUGGUACCGAUUUCACCGAUGCACAUCAAGCAAGAAAUCAAUGAUCAGAUUCCUCCGCCACCACCGCAGCAAACCAGCAUUACGUUCUCCAUCUCUAACAUUUUGAGCGAUGCCUUUGGUAGAACUCCAGUGGUUCCCAGCACAACUCAACAGCCUCCGAGCCCUAUGGCAAGCCCUCCCUGCAGCUCAGAUUCAAACAGCCCGAAUAGUCAUGCACUGCAUCAUAGGAGAGACAGCCUGUUUCGCCCGUACGAAAUCAGCAAGUCCCCGCGGUUAUGUUCCAGCAACGGAAGCAGCAGUCACAACCCUUACUACACGGACAGCGAAUCGCAGGAUUCGACCUGUUUCGAACCGCAAACUCCAAACCAUGCUUCAGCUGCCAAUAUGCUGAUGUUCAACAACAAUCACUACCAUCCACGAAUGCCCACCUUGUACGAUUUCAGUACGAAAACCAUUCCCAGCAUAGACCCUCGCGCUGCUCUCCUGAACGGCUUCAGCGCGACCAGUUACCCAAAGCUCCACGAAGAGAUCAUCAACAGCCAUCGGAAAUUCCAGGCCAAACUAUUGGAAAGCCAAGCCAAGGCUGCGGCCGCUGUCUCCAUCAUCCACCCGCAUUCGAUGCCACCGCUAGGAUCGCUUUGCAAAACAGUUUCGCAAAUUGGUCAGCACGUUGCUUCGUCCAACUCUCCGUCGACAACACCGAUCGGAUCCACCAACAACGGCUCGUGUCACAGUGCCGGAACGCCCAACAGCAUCGCCAGCAGUGUCAGUCCAAAAUUGAGCCCACGUCCGAUCCCGAAACCGACGGCCACCGUUGCGUCCAGUUUACCGGGCAACAGCAAUGGGUCAAUGGGUGGUCAUCAUCACGAAAGCCGAAGCAAUAAUGGACACGACGGUAGUCAUAAUGGAAGCAACGACGGUGGAAUGUCUUCGGAUGAUGCCCGGUCGGAAACGGGCAGCAGCAAGGAUGGCGAAGGUGGUGGCAAUUUGUGGCCGGCCUGGGUGUACUGCACCCGCUACAGCGAUCGACCGAGUUCGGGACCUCGCUAUCGGCGCACAAAGCCACCAAAACAGAAGGGCGAAAGUGAGGAGAAACGUCCCCGCACAGCAUUUACCACUGCCCAGCUGCAAAGACUGAAGAACGAGUUCAACGAGAAUCGCUACCUAACGGAGAAGCGUCGGCAGGCGCUCAGCGCUGAGUUGAAUCUCAACGAGUCGCAAAUUAAAAUCUGGUUCCAAAACAAACGGGCCAAGAUCAAGAAGACGUCGUCCGAAAAGAAUCCCCUGGCGCUGCAGCUGAUGGCACAGGGCCUCUACAACCAUUCGACGGUGCCGCUGACCAAGGAGGAGGAGGAGCUCGAAAUGCGCAUGAACGGACAGAUCCCGUAGGAUAGUUUCUUCCGGAUCCCGGACGGCGGAACAGCGUGUCCCAUUCCGUUCAAGCGCGAAUGAGUGACGUUCGUUGAAAGCCCUUUCUCGCGAGCGAUCCGUCAGUCAUGGAACGGUGCGAGAACGUAAACAAAGCAGACGAGGCUUCAAGUGUGAAAGGAGAUUGACGGCGAUUCGGAGGGGUAGGAAUCGAAAAACAACAAAACCGGAGUACAAUUACGUUCAAAUAAUUGAAUUAAUACCCCACGGGCGCCCUCCGCGCUCCGGUCGCACACCCAGUAAGUCGUGUAAGACAAACAAAUCCCAGUGAUGAACUAAAAUGCUGAGCCGAGGCCAUCGUGUUGAUGGCGUGGUGAAAGAUGCUGCAUAAUGUAAAUAUAUAAAUAAAAGAUGAAUAUGUACGCUUCCUUGCUCGCUGCAAGGGGAAGGAAACUUUCUCACGCACUGCCCAUCAGUGGACAAGUGUCAGGCGGAACGUAUGGAUGUCGAAAGUAGAGCAAUUUUUUGUAAAUGUUUGUUUGUAAAGAUGGAUGGAAGAAGGCAAAUGCACUGUCUGAGAAGAAAUGUUGACCACGGGAAAUAUUUUUGUUCGAAUCAAUUGUCUCUAAGGAUCAGAUUUGUUGUAAAUGGUCACAUAUAAAUAAUUCUCAAAAAUAAGCUUGUUUUGUUGAAAAUAAGUUCGUAUUGUGGUGCAAUAAAACGGUCAACAGCUCAUGGCAGUUCAUUUGCAGUACCUCCUUCCAUCUAGAUCGUGAUAAGGAGCAGCCGAAACUGAAUAGCAAUAAACCUAGACAAGUUAUUGUUGCGAGCUCGACCUCAUCAAAUGUAAAAUGGUGUAAAUUCUAGACGCAAAUGUUCGCAGGCAUGUAAAUUAUUUUCUUCCAGCUUUUAAAUAGUCUACGUUCAAAUUUAUAGACACAGAGCACACUGUUCAAGCAAAACACAGACGAAGAAGCCAUUUAUGAAGCAAUCAGAAGCCCUCUCAACGCGUGUACAUAAACCAAUCCCCCGUUGGUUCUGAGAGACCCCGCAGUAAGAAGGUCGAGUGUAAAAAAUUAGCUACUAAAAUUUAAUUGAGAUUAACAGCGAUCGUAUUAUACUAGCUGCCGAGCACGGUGCAAAAACCAACCAAACAGAUAAGCCUGCCUUCCUUCCUUUACCGGUCGUUUUGCCUAAGGUUGAUGAUUCCCACGCGGAAAAUGCACAACUAGCCACUGAAAGUAGUGAGGAACAAAGCUGAUAAUUAAUUCCCAAACGCGGCAACACCAACACUGAAGCCAUCUGUCGGCGCCGGACGUACUUAGGGAUGUCCGAUUACAUUACUUUUUAAUGAACAUGUUUUUUUCAACUCAGCGAACUAAUUAAUUAGCUUCAGUGGAUUUUGUAUUAACCAACACAGUACAAACGUGAAUUUAGUUUGAUCAAAAAUGAUCCCCCCUAAUCGAAAGACUGUUUGUUAGCUGUUCUGCAUUGGAUCAAAACAAAAUGCGGAGGAUUUCAGCGCGAAAUAAAAUGAAGAAUCUCUGCCCCGUAGUAGUUGUUGGAAAUGGUCCAAAAGCGCGUAGACCGCGCCACGACCGAAUACUUCGCAACGGCUUUUGCGUGGUAGGAGUGUUCAGUUUUUGCCCCCGUGUCGUUCGUUGUUUGCCUAAUCUAAUCUAAAUUAUGUUUAAUUAUGCUUCGAAGCGAUCCGGUCGUUGGUUGGGUUUUGGAUCACUUACAGAGCUACCUACUACAUAGCAAUAAGCGCGCCUAGAGUGUUCCUCCUACUGUUCACCAGAUAUACAAUGUGCGAUAGGUUCGGUUUGAUGAUGGACGGGGGUUGAUACUUUCCUGGCUCCAAGCGAGCUGUUUAUCGUGGCAUCUGUUAGUUUCUGCUUCAAGAAGAUUGCUAUUUCCUCUAAUAUUAUAAUUAGGCUGCUAUAACACUACCAAUCGAUAUAAUUAUUCCUAGCUUAGCACGUAGGUUUAAGGAAAUAAAAUAGAGAGAAAGCUAAAUUAGCAGAUUAUAACGAGAUAUGUAAGACACUACAGAGAGAAGACACAACCUAUUAUAUUAUUGUAGACAUAAGAAACAGAACCGUCGAAACCGCAAAAAGAGCGUAAUAAAAUACACUCAUGUGAUAUUCAAAAGAUAAAUAGAAGCAAAA